AUGAGUUGGAAUGUAAGAGGGCUUAAUCGAAUUAAUAAACAUGGCCAUGUUAGUGAUCUUUGUAAGAGGUACAGAAUAGGAGUUGGUGGCCUUUUAGAGACCAAGUUGAAGGGCAGCAAAAUUAGUAGGUUUGUAGAAUUUUAUUUUCUGAAUUGGGAUUACUAUACUAGUCCAGAAAUUGAAGGGCGUCUUUUGAUUGUUUGGAGGAAGUCUUUUGUGAAGGUUACUAUCUUAGAGAAAUCAAAUCAGUUUAUUCAUUGUUUGGUUAAGUUGACUGGUGUGCAGCAGAGUUUUGGAGUAACUUUCGUCUAUGGAAUGAAUUCUAUAGAAGGAAGGAGAAGCCUUUGGGAGGGGCUAAGAAGGCCUUUUCUUAAGGACACAGCUUGGAUUUAUCUAGGGGAUUUCAAUGCCCCUUUUACAUGCCAAGAUAGAUCGGGUGGGAAGCCAAUUUCUGGCUUGGAGUUGGCUGAUCCUAAUAGGUGGCUUGCAGAUUCUUAUCUAGAGCAUUUAAAAAGUGUUGGUUGGGAAGCAUUUUCUGAUCAUUGCUCUUGUCUAGUCAAACUUCAGGUUCAAGAGAAGCUGGGAAUAAGGAUGUUUCGGUUCUUCAAUUAUUGGAUAGAGCUUCCAGAUUUUCAUAUUCAGGUUUUAAGAAGUUGGAAUCAGCCAAUUAAUGCAACAGGAAUUCGGGCCAUUUACCUUAAAAUGCUGAGAUUGAAACACUGUCUGAAAGUUUUUAACACAGAUAAGAUAGGUGACCUGAAGGCUAAAUUCUAUAAAGCUAAAGAGACCUUUCAAGUAGCUCGUUUACAAGCUGAAGCUUAUCCCCAUGUAUUGGAUUUUCAGGAAGCUGAAAAGGAAGCUGCUGAGGCUUAUUCAAAGCGUAAAGCGGAGAAUGGUAUUGUCUCUUUCAUAACUGAAGAUGGCAAAAUGGUGGAUAAUUUCUCAGAAGUGGAAGGAGCUCUCUUCAGUAUUCCUAUAACCAAGUCUCCGAGUCCGGAUGGGUUUGGUUCUGGAUUUUUUAAAGCAGUCUGGAAUGACAUUGGGGAUGAGGUGUGCGAAGCAAUUACCCACUGUUUUGAAUCAGGUAUUUUCCCUUCUGAGCUCCACGAAACAACCUUAUCUUUGAUUCCUAAGGUUGCCAAUCCUUCAAGGGCUGUAGAUUAUAGACCCAUCGCUUGUUGCUCAACAUUAUAUAAGUGUAUGUCGAAGCUGAUUUGUAAGAGAAUGGCCGAUAUUCUUCCUGAUGUUAUUCAGCCUAAUCAGGGAGCAUUUGUCAAGGGUCGGUCUAUUGCCCACAAUAUUAUGAUAUUCCAAGAUCUCAUAAAAAACUAUGGGAGAGCUACUACUUCAUCGAGAUGUGCUAUCAAAAUAGACCUCAGAAAGGCCUAUGACACAGUAGAUUGGGUCUUCCUUGAGAACCUGUUGAAAGCUUUGAAAUUUCCUAUGAAAUUUAUUGGUUGGAUCAUGGCUUGUGUUAGGAAUACAUCUUACUUUCUCUUGAUGAAUGGUAGGAUUCAGGGUAAAUUUAAAGGAGGGAAAGGGCAGAGACAAGGAGACCCCAUGUCACCUUUGUUGUUUGUCAUUAUUAUGGAAUAUUUGACUAGGAGUUUGCAACAAGCUGCUCUUAAUUCACCCUUUCGGUAUCAUCCAAUGUGUAAAAGUCUCAAACUCAUUAAUCUUUGCUUUGCAGAUGAUUUAUUGUUAUUUUGUAAAGGAUCUCUUGCUGCUAUUAGAUUUGUCAAAGGGGUGCUUGAUAGCUUUGCUACAGCCACAGAAGGAUUAUUUCCCCUUACUUAUCUUGGGGUCCCUAUGAGGCCUACAAAAUGGAAGCAUGAAGACUGUGAGGUUAUUCUUCAGAAAUUUCGCUUGAAAAUUCAGAAUUGGGCAAGUAGACACUUGUCUUUUGCUGGCCGGAUUCAACUCAUAAAUUCAGUGUUACUUGGGCUUCAAAAAUAUUGGAUGUCUAUCUUUGUUUUGCCUCAAAGCAUAGUUAAGGAAAUUGAGAGGAUAUGUAGGGGCUUCCUGUGGGGUUCAGCUGGGCAGAGAAGUAAAUUACACAUUCCCUCUUGGCAGAAGGUUUGUCUUCCUAAAGUCUAUGGAGAUUUGGGUUUCAGAGAUGGAGCUACUUGGAACUGGGCUGUGUUAGCUAAAUAUGUUUGGGCCUUAUCUACGAAACCUGAUCUGCUUUGGGUAAAAUGUAUCCAUUCCAUUUAUCUGAAAGGUGCUGACUUCUGGAACUAUGUCUUAAUAGCAGAUUGUAGUUGGUAUUGGCGAAAGCUAUGUCAUCUCCGGGAUCAUUUUAGGCCUACUGAUAUCAUCUCUGCUGGUGUGCAAGGGAGAUUUAAAUCCACAAGAUUGUACAACAGUCUUUUGGUUCAGCAGAGGGAUGAGUUCUACAGAACUAUUUGGAGCAGAAUCAUUCUUCCAAAUCACAGAUUUAUGCUCUGGCAAGUUGGUUACAUAUACUCAAACCCACAGCAGCCACACAGUACUGAAGGAGAUGAACGGCUGAACAGCAUGACCAAGGCUGAAGGAGAUGAACGGCAGUGGCGUUCCAGCAUUCUCGGCGGCGUCGACGGCGGUUCCAACGUUCUAGCACUCAUGGCGGCGCACGGCUCUAGCACUCACGGUGGCGCAGGUCUCGGCUCCAGUAGGCUCUCCGGCGGUGCAGGUUCUCGGCUCCGGCGGUGCUGGUUGCUCACGGUUCCAGCCGUGGGUUGA